AGGUCAGAGGCUUUAGUUCUUUAGUUGGUUCUGUUGAAGCUCACUUUGCACUUGUUGGACUCUAGCGAUGCUUCCUGAGAAUCUCAGCCAGCCUGAACCAAUGAGCGCAGCAGCAGCCAUGACCCAAACGAGCCGUCCCCCGUCCCAGCAGAGCGACGUCGUCUCCUUAGACACCGUCAGACCAGCUGUCGACUUCUUCUUCACCAACCUCUCACGCCAGCAGUGGCUACACUUGGCCACGGGAAACCCAGACCCCGACACCAGCUGCGUCCUGGUGGAGCUCCUCGGAGACAUCAUGGAGCUCUUCUCGUCUGCCGUUCUGGACAAACUCCAGAACCCAGACUUCACAGGCCGGGUGGUCAAGGCGGUCGUGGGCAACAUUGUGCCCGGAGCCUUCGCACGAGCCCUUGACUUGGAAGAAGACAUCCGCUCCAAGAGCACGGCGAAUUUAAACAAGCUGAUCGUCCAACACGUGGCGGCGCGCGUCCAACGCCACUUCUACUCCGACGACGAGGAUCCGGCAGCGACUUACGUCCAGCAGGUGACCGACAUGUACCGGAUCAACGCGGCGGUACACGAAGCCACCGUCGUGAUAAAGGAGCUGAUUUUCCGGGUGUUCACGCCUCAAAUGGAAACCAAGCAGGAAGCGCCGGUCAGCCCGCCGCCAGAGGACCCGCAGGAGGCGAGUGACGGGACGGCGUCCCCGGACAGCCACUCAGAGACGAGUCCUCAGGCAGACCGAGGCGAUCAAAGCGCCUCCUUCCACACCGAGGAGCUCACAGACGGCGGUCAGACCGCUUCUCCAUCCGCCAGGCCAGAGUCUGUGGUCAACCGUCUGAAGAGGAAGAUCAGGAGGUUCUUCACCAAGUAUCAUCGCAGACAUUCAGCCAAGGUGUUCCCUUUAAACUCACCAGAAGGCCCAGAAAUCUGCGGCGCUACAGCGAACCCAGCACCGGUCCACCAGGCCAAGCCCCCGCAAAGGUCUGGAGAUGUUCCUCCAGAACAUUUUGCUCCUGAUGGAAGAUCUUCUCCUUCGGACGAUGAUGAAAGUGUCACGUAUGUAGAGGAGUUUAUAGCUGAGGAAGAUUCAAAGAUCUCAUCUUUACCAGAUUCUGGACCAGAGAGCCCGUCAACCGAAGUCACCCAGAACUUAGAGUCUGAGCCAAAGUUUGACGAAAUCACACCAGUGGAGGCCUUCGUCCCUGAAGACGAGGCUUCAGAGGUCCCAUCCGUAGAAGACGUUCCUGCAGACAGUCAGGCGUCCGCCACCGUGGGGGAGGAAGAGGAGCUGACAGAUUUAAGGCAGCCUGAAGUUUGUCCUGCGGUCGCUGAGCCCACCGUGCCGCGGGCCACGGCUCCAUCGGCUGGAGAAGCAGAGGAACAGGCAGCAGGUGGAGAAGAUGAUGACACCAAAGCUUCAGUGAGCGUGUUGGUCCACUGGCUGAUGGCUCGGGCCAUUAAAGCUUCCAGCAUCCGUUGCUCCCCUGAGGUCCUUCAGUGCAUCCAUGGACGCCUCGUAGAGAAGGUCUGGGCUGAAGUUCAGCGGCAAGGAAUCCAUGCUGACCUAGAAAAUGUCUUGAUUCAUGCCCAGAAGAUUUAUGACGGCAUCAGUAAAAAGCUGAGGUGUCCCGCUGAGGUCGCGGGGACUUUGCUGCUUUUAGAAGACCCAGUAUUUGACAAAGCAAUUGUGGCGUCGUUCUGCAAACAUCUCAGGAAACCUGUGGAGAAACCUUCCCUCCGGGCUCGGUUCUUCUCUUUCCUGGGCAAAACCACACGUGAGCCUGAGAAACAAGCAGAGCCUCAACGUCCAACGUCCGCGGCGUCCGCGGCGUCCUCGGCUGGAAGUGUGGCGUCUGAAAGGUCAGAGCUGGAGGACAACAGCAGCGGAGACUAUGCAGCGGACGAUGAAGCUUCAUCAGACUCUGACUGUGACUCCAUGGAUGCUUUUAAAAGCGACUCCUCAGCAGAAACCCCAGAGGACACGGCUGUCCAACCGGGACAGAGACAGAGACAAAGCGAGAAGGUGGACCAAAGAAAGAUGGCGGUGAAAACGCUGAUCAGCGACGUCGUCUGGCAGCUUGUUGAAAAAAAUCGGGACAGAGCAACGCCAAAGAACAAUCUGGCGUCAUCUGUGAGCGUCUCUUCCAGAAGCUCUGGGCCGGGGUCAAAGGUCAACUGGACAGCAUGUCCUCAGAGAAGAUCAAAGGCCUGAGCAAGGCCGUCCUCAGGGACCUGUAUAAGAUGUGGCCCGAGAACUUCCUGGUCUACCUGGACUUUGGCCGGCCGCUAUUCGACAAGACGAUUGUGUCGUCAAUCGAAAAGCGUCUCUUGAAAUCAUCGAACUUUAAGAAAAUCCUCGACACGACAUCAUCGAACGUUAAGAAAAUCUUUGACACGAUCCAAGAAACCCUGAAAGACAGCCCGCCGCGGUUUUACAUGGUGCUGUAGAUGAACUACAGCCGUUUUCCUUCGUCCCUUAAAACACGAGAGACACACAAACACAAACACACACACACACACACACACACAGACACACACACGGGUUUUCUCCGGGUGCUCCGGUUUCCCCAUAAAAAAAAAAACCUACAGAUAAAUAAAAGUCCAUUUGUGCCGGGUUCAUCGCUGCUGGUCGCAUCAGCGCCAACACACGGAGGUGGAGGUACGACUGCAGCAGCGUGAAUCUGAGCACUAACAACCACCCUGAAUAUAAAUAUUUGCAACAUCUUCUCAGUGUUUUAAACAAGCGAUAAAAUACCGUCGUAUUUCAUCGUCGUCGCUAACAGGCGGCGGCGCGGUUCCCGCCAUCUUUAACGUUCUCUGAUGUCAGGCCUCAUUCGCUCUGGGCGCCGUUAGACAAUCCAGUUCCACCGUGGAGGAACGGCCAAGUGUGAGUGCUGCCCCGCUUUUAGAGCCUCAGAUACGCUUUCCUGCUCAGAAACAGUCCGUCCCCUACCUUUGACCUUUGA